CAUUAUUGAAGCUCAGCAAGCUCUCCUGUAACUAAUCAGGUAAAUUCAUGCAAUUACUGGUGGUGGUGUUACUAUAUCCGUAUGGUCUUUCAAGGCCUGUCUGUGUCUGCCUAUCGUGACUAUUUCUGUACGGUCUAUCGAGACCUGUCCGUGUCCGGCUAUCAUGGCUAUUUUUCUGUAUGGUCUAUCAAGGCCUGCCCCAUGUCUGCCUAUUGUGGCUAUCAGUGUCUGGCCUAUCGUGGCUAUUUCUGUACGGUCUAUCGAGACCUGUCCGUGUCCGGCUAUCAUGGCUAUUUUUCUGUAUGGUCUAUCAAGGCCUGUCCCAUGUCUGCCUAUUGUGGCUAUCUGUGUCUGGCCUAUCCUGGCUAUUUCUGUACGGCCUAUCGAGGCCUGUCUGUGUCUGCCUAUCGUGGCUGUCUGUGUCUGGCCUAUCGUGGCUAUUUCUGUACGGCCUAUCAAGGCCUGUCCGUGUCCGGCCAUCAUGGCUAUUUUUCUGUAUGGUCUAUUGAGGCCUGUCCUGUGUCUGCCUAUUGUGGCGAUUUCUGUACGGCCUAUUGAGGCCUGUCUGCGUCUGCCAUUGUGGCUGUCUGCGUCUGGCCUAUCGUGGCUAUUUAUGUACGGCCUAUCGAGGUCUGUCUGCGUCUGCCUAUCGUGGCUAAUCAUGGUCUAUCGAGGCCUGUCUUGCGUCUGCCUAUCGUGGCUGUCUGCGUCUGGCCUAUUGUGGCUAUUUAUGUACGGUCUUUCGAGGCCUGUCUGUGUUGGCUAUCAUGGCUAUUUCUGUACGGUCUAUCGAGGCCUGUCCGUGUCCGCCUAUCGUGGCUGUCUGCGUCUGGCCUAUUGUGGCUAUUUCCGUUGGUCUAUCGAGGCCUGUCCGUGUCUGGCUAUCAUGGCUAUUUUUCUGUAUGGUCUAUCAAGGCCUAUCUGUGUCUGGCCAUCAUGGCUAUUUCUGUACGGUCUAUCAAGGCCUGUCUGCGUCUGCCUACUGUGGCUGUCUGUGUCUGGCCUAUCGUGGCUAUUUAUGUAUGGUCUAUCGAGGCCUGUCUUUGUCUGGCUAUCAUGGCUAUUUUUCUGUACGGUCUAUCGAGGCUGUCUGUGUUCUGCCUAUCAUGGCUAUUCUGUAUGGUCUAUCGAGGCCUGUCUGCGUCUGCCUAUCGUGGCUGUCUGCGUCUGGCCUAUCGUGGCUAUUUCUGUUGGUCUAUUGAGGCCUGUCUGUGUCUGCCUAUCGUGGCUGUCUGCGUGAGGCCUAUCGUGGCUAUUUAUGUUGGUCUAUCGGGGCCUGUCUGUGUCUGCCUAUCGUGGCUGUCUGCGUCUGGCCUAUCGUGGCUAUUUAUGUACGGUCUAUUGGGGCCUGUCUGUGUCUGCCUAUUGUGGCUGUCUGCGUCUGGCCUAUCGGGCUAUUUAUGUUCGGCCAAUUGGGGCCUGUCCGCGUUUGCCUAUCGUGGCUGUCUGCGUCUGGCCUAUCGUGGCUAUUUAUGUUCGGCCUAUCGAGGCCUGUCUGUGUCUGCCUAUCGUGGCAUUUCUGUUGGUCUAUCGAGGCCUGUCUGUGUCUGCCUAUCGUGGCAUUUCUGUUGGUCUAUCGAGGCCUGUCUGUGUCUGCCUAUCGUGGCAUUUCUGUUGGUCUAUCGAGGCCUGUCUGUGUCUGCCUAUCGUGGCAUUUCUGUUGGUCUAUCGAGGCCUGUCUGUGUCUGCCUAUCGUGGCAUUUCUGUCGGUCUAUCGAGGCCUGUCUGUGUCUGCCUAUCGUGGCUAUUUCUGUUGGUCUAUCGAGGCCUGUCUGUGUCUGCCUAUCGUGGCUGUUUCUGUUGGUCUAUUGAGGCCUGUCCUUGUCUGCCUAUCGUGGCUAUUUCUGUUGGUCUAACGAGGCCUGUCCGUGCCUGCCUAUCGUGGCUGUCUGUGUCCUGCCUAUCGUUGCUGUCUGUGUCUGGCCUAUUUCUGUAAAACUUAAGAAGUUUAAUCUAACGUCAUCAUA